GUGAGAAGUCACAUUGUCAGAAAACAAUACACACUGAAUUGCCAUCGUAGAUAUAUUCGAAAUUAUUAUUACUCUUCGUAUUUUUGAAUUUGUUGUUCGUGUCCACUAAUCGCACCUGUUCCGCACUGAGGACAUGCAGCGGCCACGCUCUCAGGUCCAUCCCGUUGUGGUGUCGGCCAAGCGCUAUGAGGCGAUCCAGGCGCGGGCCCACCAGGACCAGAAGCACGCCCAACUGGCCGCCGUCGAGGAGGAGCGGCGGUAUAGGCAGUACCUGAAGGAGGGCAACGAUCUGCUGUGCAGCUACUUCACGGGUUUGGUCACCCACGAGGCGGAGGAGAAGAAGUCCAAGGUGGUUGUGAAGGCAGCCGUCGAGGCGCCGCGGGUGACCAAGCAGCUCGAAGAACGUUUGCGCAAGGAGCGGAUAAUUCGGGCCAACAAUUUGCUGGACCAAUUGAAGCCGGGACAUCGGGCCCUGCAUCAGGCUCUGCUCGAGAGCGAGAUGCUCCAUCAGCGCAGCUUCAAUGAGGCGCUUAACCGGGAGAUCGCCGAGGAUGCCCGUCGGCAGCAGGAGCUGGAUGACGCCCUCUGUCCGGAGGUGCUCAUACCCUUUAGCAACAUCACCGAGGAGGAGCUGGCGGCAAAGGAGGAGGAGAAACGCCAGGCCGUUCGUCUGGCCAUCGUUCAGGACGUGGAAACGAGGCGAAAACUCAUGCAGGCCGAAAAGGAGCAGCGACUCUUCGACGAGACGGUGGAGCGGGCGCAAUACAAGUGCCUGCAGGACAAGGAGGAGAAGGCCCUCAAGGAGAAGAAGGCUCGCAGCAUUGAGUUCAAUCGCAAGGCCUACCGCGACUCCAUGAAGGAGAAGGCAGAGAUCGAAGAGCAUGAGCGCAUUUGCGACGUGAUCGAUGAUCGGCGCAACUGCGUCUACCAGGUGGCUACGCGGCACUUGGAUGGCCGCUACAACGCCCAUGUGAAGGAGACCCGUGCGAAACAGCAUCGGGAUCGCGAGGAGCGGGCCGUGCGCGUCUGUCGACUGCAGCAGGCGAGCAAGAAGAAGCUGGAGGAGCGCCAGGCGAGCCUGGAAGAUCGCUACGAGUUCGAGACGCAGGUGGACGAGGGGCGACGCCAGUGCGAGCUGGAGGAGCUGGCCAAGCAGCGCAAGGCCUACCAGCUGGUCGAGAAGCGGGAGGCCGAGGAGAAGCUGCAGCGGGAACGGGAGCUGCAGCGCUUCGAGGUGGCCCGCCGACUGAAGAACGCUGAGGCCAACCAGCACUUUGAGAUCUCCGAGCAACGGAAGCGCGACAGGGUGACGGCGGAGGUGCGCGACACCCUCUACCGCCAGAGGGACGAGUUCAUAGAGCAGCGCCAGCAGGAGCUGAUGCGUUUGUCUGCCUGCGACGACGAUCCCUAUCUCCUGGAGGACAAGAAGUUCUACGAGCAGGCCGUCGCAGUCAUGGAGCAGUCCCGCAAGGUCGGCCGGCCCCUCUAUCCCAUUGCCACCGCUGUCGAGCGCUACGCACGGGCCAACAAACUGGAGGUGCUGCCGGACGGAGGUCCCGUGAAGCGCAGCCAGCUGCGGGACAACUGCUGGCCGGGGUUUCACGCCAAGGCGGAUCUCGCCUACCGCAAGUACGAGCAGGCGGAGAUGUGCCGCGAGAGCCAGCGGGAUGCGCGCAACCAGAUCUACUGCAACUCCGUCAAGAUCAAGAAGAUGGCCUCCUUGGAGAAGCCAUACAAGCCGUGCGUGGGUUCCUGUCCCAUCAACUGUUUCCAUCGGCGCGGCAUGCCCGCUGUGGAUAGCACGGAUUCCUUUGACUACGGCCCGCAUGUCUGCUACGAGGAGUCGCCACCGCUGGGCGCCUGUCCCAGUCGCAUGCAGGGCAUUCGUCGCUAUUCGACGGCCCCCAGCCUGCCGACCCUCGUCGCACUCCCACCCAUGCCAGAGCUCCGGCUGGAUGCCACGCCUGUGGCUGCACCUGUAGCCAAGUCCACGAGUCAGAACAAGAUGACCAACGAUUCUCCCAGUGCCCCACCAGCAAGUGGAAGUGCACCCAAAGUCGAGACGACUCCUGUUGCGAAGCCAUCGCGUCCAGAGCCCUCUGGAGGCGCUGCUCCGCCAGUUCCCACCGGCCAAAAUCGGCCCGCCAUUGCCACAGGAGCAGGACACCGGAGAGAAUCUUUGCCACAGUCCCGUCCACCAGUGUCUGCAACGGCUCGCCGUGUAUCCGUUCUGGGUACAGACCCACGUGGAGCCACUCUUGGAAUGCCCAAAGCCGGGGCUCAGGCUCCCACCGGACAAAAUCGUCCAGCAAAUAUCCCAAAUCCCGCGGGAACCUGGGGCUCGGGACCGUUGCCCCAGCCACCGGCCCCAAAGAACCAGAAAGGAUCUGGUAACAAAAAGUCACAUGGCGCUCACUAGAGUUAGGGAGCCAACCAGGGAGAAUCACAAUCCCAUUCACACCCACACAAUCAAUCAAUCAAUCCAUCAAACAAUCAAUCGAAUUCCGAAUCCAUUUAACAUUUCCAAAAUUAACGUUUCUAGUGCUUGUUGUAUUUUGAUGUUUGUCCCUUUGCGAGGGCUGUAAAAGAAUGAAUAAAAGGCUGCAACCGA